GAGGAGCCUCCCUUUCCGUUGUUCACGCGCGCCCCCCGACUGGACACCGCGAUCCAGUUCUACUAGAGCCGAGGUCCCGCGAAAGUGUCGAUAGUGCUUGUUUACCCGACUCCUGGUACUGUCGACGAUUUCCCGAAAUGGCUUCUGGAGUAACCGUGGCCGAUGUCUGCAAGACAACGUACGAGGAGAUCAAGAAGGAUAAGAAACACCGAUAUGUAAUAUUCUACAUUAAGGACGAGAAGCAGAUCGACGUCGAGGUGAUCGGACCCCGCGACGCCGCCUACGACGCCUUCCUCGAAGACCUGCAGAAGGGCGGAAGCGGAGAAUGUCGCUACGGCCUCUUCGACUUCGAGUAUACCCAUCAAUGUCAGGGUACCUCGGAGGCUUCCAAGAAACAGAAACUGUUCCUAAUGUCGUGGUGCCCCGACACAGCCAAAGUGAAGAAGAAGAUGUUGUACUCUAGUUCUUUCGAUGCUCUGAAGAAGUCCUUAGUCGGUGUGCAGAAGUAUAUUCAGGCGACAGACCUUUCGGAGGCCUCCGAAGAAGCUGUCGAGGAGAAGCUCCGAGCCACUGACAGGAAUUAAAAGUAUUCCAGCAAUCCCAAAACAAUUAUUAAUUAAAGAGAGAAAUCAAGUGAAAAACAAUACACAAAUUUCCUUCCCAGCAAUGCUCCGUACCGUCGCGUAAGAGGUACACCUUUUUACACAUUUUUCACUUUUCAAAUCAUUUAUUAAAUAUCGCGCUACAUGUAUUAGUCAAGGGGAGGGGGGUGCAUAAAUAAGCAUUAACACAAAAAAAAGUACACAAAACAAUGAAGAAACCGUUUUCAUAAUGCGGACGUUAUGCGAACCUGUCUGGUAUGAUAAUAAUUAUAUUAUACUAUUAUUAUUGUAAUGAUAAGGUAAUAAUUAUAAAAAGAAUGCAACACUUUACAACCAGUCAAGCAGUAAGCAUAAAGGCAUUACACUUUUGUCACAGGCUGUAUAAUGUUUAAAUUAAAUUCAUUUCAUAAUGAUACCUUGUGAGUGAUACGAACAAAGCGUUUGUUUACCCUAUAAUGAUUGACCGACAAGAAAUAAUUUCCUUCGAAUAUAUUUGCGAGUAGAAUAUCUUAGAAAAGAUAAUGUUAACAAAACGUAUUUUCAACCACGGAUUUUUAUUUGUCAGAACAUUUUUAGUUCCACUGUAUUGUGCGGCUGGUCGUUCGAUUUUUGUUGAUGUUUGUAUAUUGGAUUUGUUUGUUGCAUAUAUCUUUCCAUCCUUGGAUCGUGGCGACUUGGACGGGUGCACGGGUAACUAAACUACGUGCCUCCAUAUUGUGGCUGUUCUCAUUGCUAAAAUCGAUAAGAUGUGCAGUGAUGAAAGAUACAAAUAAAUAUUACAAUCUAGUGCAA